CAAAUUAUGAAUGUUGAUCUUCGAGAUACCAUUAAUAAACGGAAUUGUCCCAUCACUUUCAACAUCAAAGAUGCCAAUUUGUUCGCUCACCCACACUCUGAUGCUCUUAUUAUCACUGCUCCAAUUGGAGGGAUUCCUGUCCACCGAAUUAUGGUUGACACCGGAGCUUAUUCAAGUAUUUUAAUGUUUCGUACCUUUAAGAAAUUAGGUUUGGAUCUCGCUGAUAUCAGGCCUUGCAAUGAUCAGAUUCAAGGCUUCAAUGGAAGCAUUUCGUGUCCCCUCGGUGAAAUCGUACUCCCUAUUCGAUUUGGAGGCUUCGGACCAAAAUCCAAAAUCAUUCUGGAAACUUUCAAAGUUAUGGAUAUUCAAAAUGAGUACAAUGCUGUUGUAGGACGCACUGCUCUUUAUAAGCUCCGCGCUGCC